UCCUCUCCUGCGGAUUCUUGCAGGACCGACCGAGGCCCAUCACGCGUUUCUGUCGGUCCGAAAACACCCAAUACAUUCCUCGGGAUUGAAUAUUACUAUUGUCGCCAUCGAGAGUUUGUAGAAUUUGUAGCUCCAUAUCCCUUCGUCCGUGCGCUUUCGCACGAAGCCUUUCCCGUGGGAAAACUCCCUGCUUUUCGCCCGUUUACGGCGGGGGUCAACAGCUUCUUGGGUUGCUCCUGCAUUUUACAGCUGACGUUUUCGUGGGCUACCCCUUUUCUGAUUAGAUCCGGUCAAACCCGAAGUUACCCGGAAGGGAGCGAUUCGUGUGCGGUUCAAAUUUGAAAUCUUGGGGGCGUCUGGACUUUUGGGUCGGAAGUAAUUCUUGCUAGAGCUCCUGUUGUCUGAUCGUCGGUGCGUCGGGAACGUUUGUCCGCCUCGUUUGGGUGUAAUCCGAUCCGAUGCUUUUUCCCCUUGCGGAGCGGGAGUUCUUGGGUUUGUUAGUUUGGUUGGAAUGAGAUUGCGGUCUAACUGUCCGAUAAAUUAGGCUCCCUGGGUUCUGUUGGGGGUUGAUUCUGUGUGCUUCUUGGUUGGAGAUUUUUCGGUCGUGGGAUCAGCUGAUACGAGAGUUUGGUGGGUUGGAGAGGCUGCGACGGGUGAAGCUUGCAUUGGAACUUGGGUAUUUGUGGGAUGAAGUUAUAAAGGUACUGAGUGGUUUUAGCCAUCGAGCAACUGAGAAGGACAUCAUAUGUCGAAAAGAAUGAUUCAGGGGAAAAUGGGUCUGAGAAAAAUGGGAGUCUUCAUCGUCUUGGUGACUCUGCUUUGCUCUUCUAUGGUCUAUUGCUCGAAAGAAAGGGAAAGGAUGGGAGAAGAAGUGCCUCUAAGAGAAGUGUUAGAUCCACUUUCUGGGGAGAUAGAUGAAGACUUGGUGGAGCAAUUAUUGAUCAAUUGUAGGACUCACUUGAUUCAACUAAAUGAUAUCGUCAGAGACCUUGAUGUAUGUCUACUGCGAGGAGCAUCCAGCAAUAGUAACGAUUUCGCUUUAGAAUGUAAAUCAUUUGCAAAAGAAAAGAUCCAGCAAUAUUUUGAUAUCCAUCCCCAUGUGAAGCACAGGCUAGUAGCUUGUUUAAGAAAGCAUAGCUUUCUGUUCCCGGUUUCUGGAAAAGAUGUUGGCUCCAAGAACUGGUACACCAAGUAUAUUGGGUCCUUGAGUUCUAAGCUUGGCUCUUCUAGAAGGUAUUUGGCUAGCGAGUCUCUCCAGAGCAACACUCCAGCACCUGCCCCAUCACCUGAAUCAGGAUCUCCUGCCUCCAGUCCAGCACCAUCUCCUGGUGCUCCCGAGUCUAGCGCGUCGCCAAGUCCACCAUUUUUUCCUCCCAGCUCUGAUGCUCCGACCUCACCAUCUCCAGCCAGUCAUAAUACAUCAGCAAGUCCAGAUUCUGGCUCAAAACGGAAUAAUAAAAAAUCAGUUGUUCUUGCUGUUGUAAUCACGGCAUCGGUCACAUUAGUUCUUGUAGCACUUCUAUUUUUAUGCUAUCAACGAGUAUGCAGGACUGGCUCUCAUGUGGGCCGAAAUGACGAAAGGCCCCUCCUCAGCCUAAGCUUAAGCGACUAUUCCGUUGGUUCUUCAAUUAAGCCUUAUGCUUUUGGAAGUUCAAUUAACGAAGAUAAGCCUGGUCAACAGACAUUCCGUAAGGAGAAGCCAUCAUCUUUAAGCGGCAACUACAAUGUUGAAUCCAGUGUGCUCAAUAGCUUCUCAAGCAAGACCUCUUCAGUAGAAAUCAAUGUGAAUGCUGCAAAUCUAAAUCCAAACUCCUUGUCACUGCCUCCAUUGAAACCGCCUCCUGGAAGGGCAGGUUCUACUGUUGGUUUUCUAAAGCCUCCUCCCGGCAGGGCAGAUCCUCUCCCUCCAGAACCACCUGCUCCUCCUAAACCUCCUGGAAUGACAGGCCUUCCUCCUGCUGCUCCGUCACCGCCUCCUCCUCCCGCUGUAAGACCUUCAGCUGUGGCUGCAGGUCCUAAACCUCCUGGACCACCUCCUCCACCUCCUGGACCUCCAAGGGCCAAACCAGGUCCACCACCCCCACCACCUCCAAAGGGUGGUGCAGGUCCACCACGGCCUCCUCUACCUCCUGGAGGUUUGAAAGUACCUCGACCCUCUCCUCCUGGUGCAAAUACAUCUGAUGCGGGUGGAUCAGACCAUGAAGUUGAUGCCCCAAAAGCCAAGUUGAAGCCAUUUUUCUGGGAUAAGGUCCUGGCAAACCCUGAACAAUCAAUGGUUUGGCAUCAGAUUAAGUCAGGGUCAUUCCAGUUCAAUGAGGAGAUGAUUGAAUCUUUGUUUGGAUAUGCCCCAGCCGAGAAAAACAAAAAUGAACUCAAGAAAGAGUCUUCUUCACAAGAUCCUUCAAAUCAGUAUAAUAUGAUCAUUGAUCCUAAAAAAGCACAGAACUUAUCCAUUCUCUUGCGGGCCUUAAAUGUAACAAUUGAAGAAGUCUGUGAUGCCCUCCAUGAAGGCAAUGAGCUUCCAGUCGAGUUCCUUCAAAGUUUGUUGAAGAUGGCUCCUACAACAGAUGAAGAACUGAAGCUCAGAUUAUACAGUGGUGAACUCUCCCAACUUGGUCCUGCUGAUCGGUUCCUGAAAGCUCUUGUUGGCAUUCCAUUUGCUUUUAAACGUAUGGAGGCGUUGCUUUUCAUGAGUACUCUUCAAGAGGAGGUUUCCAUAGCUAAGGAGUCCUUUGCAACCUUAGAGGUUGCAUGCAAGGAACUCAGAAACAGCCGGUUAUUUCUCAAGCUCCUUGAAGCCGUCCUGAAGACUGGCAAUCGCAUGAACACUGGAACGUUUCGAGGUGGCGCUCAAGCAUUUAAGCUGGACACACUUUUGAAAUUAUCAGAUGUGAAAGGAACCGAUGGCAAGACGACGCUGCUGCAUUUUGUGGUUCGGGAGAUCAUCAGAUCGGAAGGUGUAAGAGCUGCUCGUGCAGCUAGGGAAGGCCAAAGCCUCUCCAGCGUGAAAUCAGAUGAUCUCCUAGAGGAUGUCUCCCAUGAUUCAGAAGAGUAUUACCAAAGCCUCGGUCUUCAAGUGGUUUCAGGCUUGGGCGGUGAACUCAAGAGCGUCAGAAAAGCGGCGAGUAUUGAUGCAGACAGCUUGACAGGGGGUGUUGCCAGAUUGGGGCAUUUCUUAAUGAAGACCCGCAAUUUCUUGAAUUCAGAAAUGAAAAGUGCUGGGGAAGAAAGUGGAUUUAACGAAACACUGAAAAGUUUCGUGCAGAAUGCGGAGAUUGAUGUGGCGUGGUUGCUGGAGGAAGAAAAGAGGAUCAUGGCUCUGGUGAAAAACACAGGCGACUACUUCCACGGAAAUGCCGGGAAGGAUGAGGGGUUGAGGCUCUUUGUGAUCAUUAGGGAUUUUCUGAUCAUGUUAGAUAAGGUUUGCAAGGAGGUGAGAGAUGCACCAAAAGGGCCAGCAAAAACACAGAAGAAAGAGGGUCCAACGGUGCGAUCUUUGUCGGAUUCUCGUCAACCAGCCUCUCCUGAUCUGCGCCAGCGACUUUUCCCCGCAAUUGCUGAACGACGAAUAGAUAGUUCUAGCUCCGAUGAUGAAACUUGAUGGGGUUUCAUUUGAUUGAGGUGGUUGCCAUGGCGAAAUUCGGCAGAAGAGACACGAACCAAUUCUGCUAGAUGCUGCCUAUUCUUACUGGGAGAUCGUUUGGAGCUCAAGGACAUAGCGCGCGCACCCUUGAGGUGAUUCACAUGGGCUCACAACCAGCAGUUGACAUGGAUCUCACCAAUCACUUUCCCAGUGACGAAGGAGCUACACGAGAAGAUGGAUUUCUAUGGUGGAGUUGAAUUUAAACUGCCCGACUUGUCCACCAAGUACUGAAAGAAAUGGCGCCUUGGCGCUCAUCUGCAUUCUUUGUAGGAAAUUUGUUUGUAGAUAAUCAUGAUUUGUAGAUUGAUAGCAGGGAUAGGAGUGGACUAAUCCCUACAAAAUGAAAGAUGGUAUCAAUUUUGUGA